AUGCUCCCUCGCCUGCUGUCCAUACUAACACAUCUCUUGCACCCAAAGCACGAGGCGGCGGCAGCCGCCCUGUGCUGGUUCCCCCAAAUCUCACGCCUGACUUGGCGGCCCUGCGUCUCUCUUUCAGCCUCGGUCGCCCAGUGGCAGGAGGAAGGCCGGGUCGCUGUCUGGCUGCACAUCCCCAUCCUCCAGAGCAGGCUGGCGGCGGUGGCCGCAUCGCAAGGCUUCACCUUCCACCAUGCUGAGUCAGGCUCGGCCACCUUGACGCGGUGGCUGGGCGAGGGGCCCAGCAGGCUGCCCGGGUACGCCACCCACCAGCUGGGAGUCGCAGGUGCUGUUUUAGAUGAAGACACUGGAAAGGUGUUGGUUGUACAAGACAGAAAUAAGACUGUAAAUGCAUGGAAAUUUCCAGGAGGUCUGUCUAAUCCAGGUGAAGACAUUGGAGACACAGCAGUUCGAGAGGUUUUCGAAGAGACUGGCAUCAAGUCAGAGUUCAAGUCCAUCUUAAGCAUAAGACAGCAACACCAGCACCCCGGAGCCUUUGGCAAGUCGGACAUGUACAUCAUCUGCCGCCUGGAGCCCUCCUCCUUCAACAUCAACUUCUGCCAGCAGGAGUGCCUGAGGUGUGAGUGGAUGGACCUCGAUGAGCUUGCCAGGACAAAGCACGCUACUCCCAUCACCAGCAACGUAGCUAAGCUGUUACUUUACGGAUACCGGGAAGGAUUCGAUAAGAUUGAUAUAACCAUGAGAGAGUUUCCAGCUGUUUACACAGGCCUGUUCUACAAACUAUACCACAGGGAGCUGCCCGAGUCCUACAGAAACAUGACAUGAUAGCAAUAGAUUUCACAUUUCCUUAUAUUAAUAAUUUAGAAUUUUUAUUUUAAGAGUUAUUUAGACCAUAUUAAAAUUAUUCAUGGACCAUUUGAUUUUAGGAUGAAAAUCGAUAUUUAUUCUCUAAUAAGCUAUAAAGAUAUAAGUUAUUUUAAAAGGUAAAUAUUUCUGCACACGUGCAUCAGAUUAGUUUCCCUUUACUCUGUAAAGUGAAUGUAAAGUAAAUAAAAUAGCUCUAUAUAGAUCUCUAGCAGAAAACAGAAGUGUUAUUGAUUCUGAAAAUAUAUUUUCCAAGUAACUUUACCUCCACACACACUGGCACAAUAGGUUUAAAGAGCUGUAUAAAGACAGUAUAAAACAUUCAUGUUUUAAUCUUUCUGCAAAAGCAGCUAGUAUCAGCAAAUAAUUGCUUCUAUUUUUGCUAGCUUGGAGAGGAGCAAGAAACUCUACCUCAAAAUGUAGUGUGGCGUAUGUUCAGAA